AUGAUACCGGCAGACGACGAGCCUCUUGAUAUUAUGCCAACGAGGGCAGGGAGAAAGCUUUGCGUGCGGCAUAAGCAGAUGGCCAAUCAGGAUGUGAACCAGAAGCUGCAAAGGUCACUCGACAAUCUCCCAACCACUGAGCGGGGCCAUAUUACCCAUCUUUGGUCUACCUUCUCGAAUGCUCCACACGCCAAGCGGAAGCUCAUCCUCGAGGGUAUCCUGACUAUGUGUUGCUUCUCCCAGCUAUCACACCUUUCCGACUCCCUCAACCUCCUCAUCCGCAUCGACCCCUUCUCGCUCUUACCCCGCGAAAUCAACCUCCGUGUUCUCGGCUACCUCGACGCUAUCUCCCUAGGUCGCGCCGCCCAGGUCUCGCAGUCAUGGAAAGCGCUCGCAGACGACGACCUCCUCUGGCGUCGUAUGUGCGGUCAGCAUAUCGACCGGAAAUGCGAAAAGUGCGGGUGGGGCUUGCCUCUCCUGGAGCGAAGAAGGCUGCGCGGCGAGUUGAACGAGGGGAGUCCCAGCGUGGCCGUCGGCGUCGGCGUACAUGAGCAUCAUCACCACGAUGACGGAUCUGGGACGCGUGCGGGAAGUAAAGAGGGGAAGAUGAAGCAUAACGGAGAAGCAUCCAGCUCGGGCGGUCUUUCGGUCCCCACGCCGGCGCUCAAGCGGGUCAAAAUCAGCACUUUGUCAGAUUCGGAAACAGAGAUCGCUGAAGGAGCGGAUGGGCGGCCGGCCAGAGACAAGGGAAAGGCGAGGGCGGCAGAGGAGAACAGCAGUGCGGGAUCUCUGAGCAGGGAGGUGCGGAUGACAAGGCCGUGGAAGUCGGUGUACUGUGAGAGACUGGUGGUUGAGCGGAACUGGCGGAAGGGGAGAUGUAAGAUGACCACUUUGAAGGGCCAUGAAGACGGCAUCAUGUGUCUCCAGUACCAUACUUCCCUCGCCACCCCCUCCCACCCUGUCCUCAUUACCGGCUCAUACGACAAGACCGUCCGAAUCUGGAAUCUCGACACGGGCGAUUGUCUUCGCGUCCUCCGAGGUCACACCCGGGCGGUCCGAGCACUCCAAUUCGACCAGCGCCUCCUCUUCACUGGCGCCAUGGACGGUACCGUCCGCAUCUGGAAUUGGCGGGCAGGCGAGUGCCUUCGUGUCCUCGAAGGACACUCGGAUGGCGUCGUCUCGCUCUCGUACAAUGGCUACCUCCUUGCUAGCGGGAGCAAGGACAGUACUAUCAACAUCUGGAACUUCCGGAGUGGCGCCAAGUUCACUUUACGUGGACACGAAGAGUGGGUCAACUCGGUCAUGCUCUGGGACGGAAAAAACAAUCCUGGAGAUGUCGACCCGGCGCAGAUGCCUAGCUUUGCGGGACUAUCGAAGCGUAACGCAUCCCUCUCUACAUCCUCCACAACUACGCCCGCCCCUCCGUCCAUCGAGCCCGGAACGAUGCUCUUUUCCUGCUCCGACGAUCAGACCAUCAAACUCUGGGAUCUCACCUCGCGCGAGUGUAUCCGGACAUUCUCGGGCCACAAGGCGGGCGUGCAGACCCUCCGGGUGCUCAUGGUCGAUAUGACUGAAGCCGAGAUCGCCGCACGGAAGCGUCUGCGAUCGGCGACUCCUCCCUCUCAUGGUCCGGGCAGCGGCGGAUGGGGUCCGGCCAGCCAAGCACCCAUGAUUCCAGCGGGCGGCGUAGCUGUCCAGGGGCGAUUCGUCGACGUUCCCGAGGGGUUUGAUCCGCACCUCCACCGCGCGAUCCGGGGGAAGGGCGUCGAGCCAAAGGUGUUUGUGCACGGUGCUCCACCUACCGAUGCUGAAGGUAUGGACGUCGACGAGAGCGAGGCUGGGACGGAUGCGGAAGAGGGCGGAAGACAAAAGAGGGCGGUCUUGAUGUCGGGGAGUCUGGACGGGACAAUUAAGGUCUGGGACGUCGCCACGGGGCAGGAAGAAAAGACGCUGUUCGGGCAUAUUGAGGGUGUUUGGGGGGUCGACGUGGAUGCGCUAAGAAUAGCUUCAGCUAGUCAUGAUCGAACUGUCAAGGUUUGGGAUCGCGAGUCGGGCAAUUGCGUGCAAACGCUGGUAGGCCACCGAGGAUCAGUGACGAGUCUGCAGCUCAGCGACGAUAUGAUUGUUUCUGGUUCAGAUGACGGCGACGUGAUGGUGUGGAGCUUUGCGCCCGGGGCGGAAGAAGCAGGACGGGAGAAGGGGUUGGCAAAGAAGGUGCAGCUAUGA